GGGGCGGGGUUUAACAUGCAGGAUUUCCUGUCCUGUCACUUGAAAACGGCAGCACAGUCGAGGCUGUCUGAGACCAUAACUUCGCAAGCUAAAUCAGGAGAAAUGUGAACACUACAUGCCGCGAACUGAAUGAAGCACUCUUCCUCUGCAGGCUUGUAUUUAUGCGUGUGUUUACUUGCUGACCCGCCCAGCUCUCCGUGCGUUGAACAGGUAAACGCGUAAAUAAUCUCUUUACCCGAGAUCUGUUGACAGCGCGUAGAACACUUCAAGUUGUGACGUAUCCAAUGGAACGUCGAAUUGUUUGACGUUUCGGUGUGUUAGGUCAUAGAUAUAUCUAUUGUGUUAGUUGAGACAGCGAAGCUAACUGUUGGCUGUUUAAAAGAGAAAGUAAAGGGCACCGGAGUUUGACUCGACCUGUUCAUGGCAAGCCAAGCAUGGCUGGAGUCUUCUCUGCGGCGCUCUGCCAGUCUGGGCCUGGAGGUGCUGGAGCGGGCCUCCAGGCGGAGUGUAGACUGGACAAGCACUGGAGCAUCCCAGAGCCCCACUACUACAGAUGAAGACUCACAAAUACCUGUCAAGGUGCCGAGAACGCACACAGAGCCUGAUGAUGUCUUUGCAACCAUCGCAGAGUUCAUGGCACAGACGACUCAUCAGUGCAAGAGGUUUUAUGAUUCUGGCUGUUGCACUGAGCCCACUGACACUGAGAGAAGCCACGUGUCCAGGUUCCACUCACGGCCAGCUGUUGGGAUGACAACACCUGCACAGUCAGCCAGGAAACAUGGUCGUGUGUCAGCAGCAAGUGAAGAUUUCGUGAUCGAGGUUUCACCGGGGACGUACGCUAUCACUGCCAGCAUGCCGGAGUUCGAGCAGCAGACUCAGCUGGUCAGCGUCAAAGCUGGAGAGAGUAUCAACCUCACCUUCAAUCUCUGACCCCUCACUCUUAACAUAAAUACCAAAACUGACCAAUGCUAAUGCUAUCUGUGUGUGUUUAUUGCCUGUUUUUACACAGCUGUUUACAUUGUUAUGCUAUCAAAAUGUUUUAUUUGCUGCACAUUGAGAAGCCAUAUUUUAUUGUAUUUUAUUAUGUGGACCAUGUUUCCUAGAACAUCAUGCUCUUUACUAUAUUUUUUUACUUGCACUAAUGCCGCAACAGUGUAUAAAAAUAAAUUAUUUUUUUGAAUCAA